AAGAGGAGGCAUACGAACGAGAACUUGCAAUCCAAGCAGCGCGAGAGGCCGGUCUCGCCAGCAGCAUUCACCCAUCUCAUCAGGCCCAUUCAGACAAGCUAUCUGCGUCCACAAAAGGUCCCUGGCUAAACAAUGUUUCAAUUGACACGCAGCAUUAGUUUCCUAGGGUACCUUGCCAGUUCAUCUACGUGAGUCGCAGGUAUAGCGUUAAGUGAUUUUCCAACAGAGUUUCGAUAACGGCGUUUUGCAUUAAUCUGUAGUUCUGAUCUUUUUCGUUCUUCCUUAGCGUUGAUACGUCCUGGCAUAUUUUCUGCUUUUUUAUUUCAAAUAUGCACACUUAAAUAAUGGUAGUGUUCAAAACAAGGGGGAUCGAUACAAUCUUUAUCGAUCCUCUUUGUUAUACUAAAUGUUUAACAUUUGCUACAUAUUUCUCUUGUCAGUACUAUUAUAGACUGUCAACGAGAGAACGGCAACGUAAAUUAUUAUUUUGGUGUCUAUUUCGUCUCUUUUUAGGAAGAAGGGAGGAAAUAAAGUUUUGUGUGUGAUUUUAUUAUAUCAAAUAACAAUAGCCGGAUUAGCUUGAAGAAAGUUCAAGCAGAGCCCAGUGCAGCUUCUCAUGAUAACAAAAACAAGUUGUGUUAAAACUAUUAGCGUUAAGAGGGUCUUCAACAAAGGUGUCUACAAGGCGCUCAUGAGAAAAAUACCUAACAUAAUCUUGUAUUGUUUGCACACAAGGUGGCUCAUAUUGCUCAAUAGCGCUUUUGGCUAAAAUGGCGUUUGUAUUCGAUUGUUUAAAGUAUGCAUGAUGACGUUUCGUCCGUUUUCAGGCAAGCUGAAACACAUGUUUCAUGCAUCAGUAGAUUUGAGUAAAAGUUUGUCAGCUAAACUAUAAUUAAAGUUCGUCCUAGCGUAUAAUUUGUAUUAUUUAUCAACAGUGGUAAGAACUAAAAGAGCUAUUCUACAGCUCAAUCAAUGUUUGCCGUUUCUCAUAAUGAUCUAUUACGGUUAACACACUCGCUACAAUCUGAAAACGUCUAGAAGAAAGUAGCUUCACAUAGAAAUGGAGCUGCAAAAAAAAAAAGAGAAACUUUUGCAAUAUGAAGCAUUUUCUUUUAAUAACCAAACUUAAUUUAGUAAUCAACUCGUUUCCAUGAGCUGCAGCUUUAUGAUGUAAGCUUCAAGUAACUGCGUAUGCAUUUUGAAUAGUAAGUUUUAAACACUCAGUUCUUUAGCAGCAUAUAAUUGUAUGAGCUACGGUCAUGUAAUGUAAAAUACGGUAAUACAAAAGAGUGACAUCACAAUGGUUCUUAUAAACGUAAAGCAAUAUCGUUCAAACUUACAAAGAAUGGCAUCUGUUAUUUAUGAUCCUCAGGGGGAAUAUAGAGAGGGGUGUUGGUGGACAACUCUGAUUGCCCCUGUAAUAUAACGCUCUUGUCUGUUCCAAAUGGUAACGAUCGCUUUUUUUUAGCCAUCGGAAGAUAAAUAAUAUUAGGCCAAAUAAGAACGCUUAUGUGAGAAUAAGCAACUCAUUGAAUGAACAAAGUAUCUAUACGACGAAUCUUCAUUUCAUACGCAGGUCAUAAUUGGCUCAACGAAGUAUUUGGCUUUUAAGUGUGAGCUUACAGCGUACUUAGAAGCUGAUGGAUGAACCUUAAAUCAAGUGAGUCAAGAUUUUCUUGAAGCUUUUAUAAAAAAAAGUUCUUCUGAACUAGUCGAGCUAAUUUCUAGAUAUUCUAGAUAUUUUACCUGCCGCUCACUCGAGUUGAAACAAAGCUCCGAAUUAGAGCACGUAGUACUGCUGGAAGUUCAUGAGAGUCAUCGGGGAUAAUUUUUAGUGGAUCCUAAUAACUUCUAAGCAUACGAUGACAGUUAAAAGAAACUUAAAAAAAAUUCAAAAAGUAAUGCAAGCCACACCCAUUUCUACUCUUGAAAGUUUAUUAUAAGCGUGUUUCCUUGGUGCCUUCUCGUUACUGUUUAUGAUCAAGGCCUGAUCUCUAUAGAUAUAUAAUUUUUGUGAAAGGAUUAAGACCUGCUAACCUAGCAAGCUACUUAACAGUUGGAUCGAAAAGGAUUUUAUGAAUCCGUCAAACAGCAGUUAAAUAACGAGUAUUUGAUUUUGCGACAGAAUUGCUUGUUAAACUACUAUAAUCCUUGAAUAAUACGGGAAAGAGCACUAAACGAUAAUGUUUUAAUGCCACCAUUAUAAGCACUACAUAUAAACACGGUGAUCAACACAAUGAGAUUUUGUUGCAUUAUUUAAAUUUAGGCAAGGUUUAUCGACCAUUUUUGUCCGUUUUUUUUGCUCUUGAAUGUUUACCUUGGCUAAGAAUACUUGUAUUUAUUCGUUUGUUACAUAAAUAUCAGGUUGGAAGGAAAGUUUCAACAUUUUAAGGAAAGACAUCUUCCUAACUUACCUCGUGGUUGUUUACUUCUGCGUUCGUCCUGCUCUACCAGAGUACUGUAGUAGUAUUGCGUGGUCAGUGCAAUUUUAACGUGAAAGAUUCCCUCAAACAUGGACGCUCCAGGUGGGAAAGUGCGUUUUUGCCACGUACUAUGUAUUUCGUCAAGGCCAAAACACUGCCGUGACAACCAGGUAUAUUUGUCUUAUAGACGGCAAUGACGCUGUCGUGAAAAAAAAAACUGCUCAAGAGUGGUUUACCAAGUUUAAAGGCUAUAUUCCUAACCUAACGGAUACUUCCCGCCCUGACCGACAAUAUGAGCUCAAUAACGAGCAUUUAAAGGCACUUUUGAAAAAGGAUGACCGACAAAUAACUCGGAAAUCGACCAAAAAGACGAGUUGUAGUCACAGACCGUCGACAAUUAUUUCAAGUCCCUUGGGUUUACACCGAUGCUUGACGUUUGAGUACUUCACAAAUUUUCUGGCUCCAACAAAAAAUUACGGAUUGAUGCUGCAUCUUAACAUCCCGCCCGGUAUCGAACGUCACGUGACCACAAUGACACAGGCGUUGCAUAGGUGAUCAGAAGUAACGCUUGUAUAUCAACAUGUGUCAGAUAUCAAAACGAGUGGGGCUUUAGGAGGGAAAUUCAAGCUUAGGGUCUGACCAAAUCUUCAUAAAAAAAAAUGAUGUUUCGCGUCUGGUGGGAUUUCAUGUGCCUUAUUCACUGGGAAUUGUUGCUCAUGAACGUACAAUUGAUUUGCAUAUUUAGUUGGCCUAGUUAUAUCAUUCUUACAUGAAAAUCUAUGUAGUGAUGUAUAUGUUAGUAUUUUUAAAAAGUUUGCGAUGUGCUGAAUAAGUUUAAUUUUAAAGUUAACAUUCGGGUUGAAAAUACUGCUUGACGAUUGAAAAUUUAACACGGUGUUCUACGUGACUGAGGUUUUUAUCAGCGCCAUUCGAUGGAUCUCGAUGAAUUUAGUAAAACGUGGGUAUAUCUUUAUACUUAAAAUGGGUAUUUUUGAACAAAAAUAAUGAAUAACAAUGGGGUUUUGAUGUUGUUGAAUGUUUUGAGCUGCCUUACAAUAGUUUUUUUUCCGAAUUUUUACCUAAUGCGUAGAAAAACCUAAUAUAUUUAUUUCAAGAGAAAAAUGCCAAAAUGUAAACAUUAUAUUAAAAAAAAAACCAAAUCAAACAUUUUUAUGGUUUAGUGAUGUUUCAGAAACAGGAUUAAUAUGCCAACCAAGAUAUAUUAAAUAUAUGUCUUCAUUCAAUACAAAUGUAUUGGAAACCAAUACGAAACAAAUUCAGAGUUGGCUGAGCAGUUAGAACAAAUCUUGUUUUUAAUGGUACACAUUGAAAACGUUGUCUUCUCAAUAUGUCAUUCAUUAUUCCUCUCCUCCAUUUCCAAGUGUGAUGGUAUCUAUACAUAUAUCUAGAUGCUAUAUAUGGUUGACGUUAUAAGGUUCUUAUAGCAGCCUGUGGAGUUUUCCAAAGUUCUCAUGUCCGACUUCAUGACUUCAAAAUGUCAAUUUAAUUCACUUAGAACUUUACGUAUUAUAUUUGUUAUUGGGUAAAUACAAACUAAUAUUGUUAUUCUUAUUGUCAUCUAUUAAUGCCUGCAAAAAAAAAAGCUCUUCAAAGGGCAACGAUUGCAAAGAUUAUCGACAUUAUAGCUAUUCUUAUUUCGUUAUAUCAGACGUCUUUCCGCCAAAUAAUGAAAUCUCAUUAGAAAAAGGAUUAAACUAGCCCUUCGAAGCGAUGAUCGUCAAUAAUAGCUGAUACGAAAGCUCGGAAAAACAUUAGAUAAGCCGUAUGAGCCGUAAGGCCAGUUGAAAUACAUUUGUUAGUAUUAAUGGAGUAUUAAAUUCUUACAAGGAUUCUUUAUGAUUAUUAUUAUAUAACUUAAUCAGUGGGCUCACCUAAAAGCAGUUGAACAGAAUUUCAAGUUUUGUGAAUCAAAGUUCUUGACAAAUUAGAUAGUCUACAACUAUAUUUAAAAAGUCUGAAACAGACGAUACAGGGUACUGAAUAAGUAGGUGGCCUUCAGACAAUUGAGUGCUUAAAUUAUUAAAGCUACCAUCAAUAGCUUAAAUUUUCAAAAUUUAAGCACACUAAAUCUUCUGUUUAUUAUGCUAUACACACGCAUCGGUUUAAUUUAAUUUGAAACAAAAUUGGUGACAAGGAACUUCGCUAUUGUCGGCAAGCAAUAAGUUAAAGAAAAUGCCUAAAUUAGUUACUGUUUUUGUCAUUGACGAACAGCGCCAGCUUCAGAUACAUUGAGGCCUCUUAAUAAAAUUGUAUACGAUUUUUUUUUAUCUUCUUCUAUAAGUCCAAGGUCUUUUACAGUUUUCUACUAAAAACAACAAAAAGUCAUUUGUUCUCAAUUCAGUUAACUCUUACCUCAGGAAAAACUUCCCUAACAAACACCAUUGUAACUGCAGUCAAAUAGGCCAGGGGUACUGCCGGCUAAGCAUUCGCACGUUCAGAAAAACUUCUAGUAUUUGUAGUCUACAGUGUUUUAGUUAAUAUGCAUGUAAGCUUAACAAGUGAGUCAGUCUGACGAUGAUCUUUGCUGCAGGUACGAACGGUGCUCCCUCCAAAAGCUGAAAAGGAUGAGGGCGAUAGCGCCCAGUCGGCUUCAAACCCUCUGGAACCGGUAACGUCGGUGAGAGCCUUGCUUUUUUACAAAAAUCAAUCAGUUCGCUGAUCCGCGUAAAUUAUAGCAAAAUCAUAAUGUGUAACACUAUCUAUGAAGAACGAGAGCUGCACACGAUUAUAGCAAGCAGUAAAAGCCCAUGCGAUACUGCAUCUACAUACGAAAGGGAAGCACGGAGCAAUGUUAGUUACUUCGAACAGUAUUCUUCGAGCUAAAAGAAAAUUGAUUUUAGAAACUGAUACUACUGAACUUUUAACAUUCUCUGGAGGCUUCACUUCAGAGUUAGUCAGUCCACGGUCUUCUUUUUUUUAUUUGCUACCAAAUCCCAAAAGGUAAUACCAAAAGGAGAUACCUAGAUGUUUUAUUAUCGGUUUUAGUCGUCGAACGUCUGUUCGCUUAAAGAUAAGCGAGAAACAUAAUCAGUUCGCUUUUCGACCACUUUUCUCAAUACUGUAUCUUCCAAAAAGUUUGUUUUUAAUAGUGACCAAAUCAACUGUUAAUCUAUUUCGUUAAGUUAAGAAUUCGAAGACCUCUUGUUAGGUUUGAAGUUACUUGCUUUUCGAAGUACUUUGUUGCAGGAUACAAGUUAUUCACUAGUCAAGAAUUAAGUAUCUAUAACUCGUAUUUCCGUUUAACUUACUAUUUGACGAUAAGGUAAUUGUGAAUUUAGAAUAAUGGCUUUCCUAUCAAGAGUAAAAUAGUGAACGUGAAUAAUCAAACGUCGGCUACUUUCGAAAUGAAAAAGGUAAAAAAAUCCAGCGAGGACUGGGAGCUGUUUAAUAAGCUCCUCGGAAAGGUUGAGACUGCGGUCGCUUCGACAGUUCAAAGCAUCGAGAAGGUCAAAGAGUCCUCAGUAGUCGAGGAAAUUAUCGCUAAAGAGCAGAAGGAAGCCGUUGUUAUUCCAGAGUAUAAAGGUGUCAAGUCGCUCGAAGAGGCCAAGCGUGAAAAAGAGGAACGUGAAAGGGAGGCGCUUAGACAACGCAGAGACGCUGACGAAUGGGAGCGAGCCCUAAACACUUUCGACAAAAAGCAAACUCCAGAUUUUCUUUGCCUAGACGCGUCAUCUGCAAGCGCCACUGACGACGGGGGAGAACCAAAACUUUCCUUCGCUUAUUACAGCCCUUCUUCUGGUCCUUCGGCGAUCCCGAAAACUCCUCUCGAGGUCGACCCUUUCGACACGUCGUUUAUUUCGCCGGUGGUACAGGACAGUGGAUCAACUGUCAAGUUGGACGAAGAGGAUCCCUUUGACACACAGAAGAUUGAUAAAGGAAUUGAGGAGGUGGCACAGCUAACGCAGAAAAGGAUGUCGCUUUCUGGAGGAGUGAAUCCUUUCGGCGGCUCUUCAUCUGGAUCAGGAGUGCAAGAAGAUCCUAAUCCACGGGUUCGGCCACCCUCGCGGCCCACAGCAGGCUCAUCUCUGUUCAGUUCAACUGAAUGCUCACCCGUAGACAUUCCUGAUGACGUGCAAAACUUCUUCAAAAACGCUUCGCGUCGCUCGUCAACAAAUCCAUUCGACCCUCCAACACUCGCCGCACCUCAACAGCUAAGCACUGAAGAUACGAUUCGAACCGGGGCAGCUCUGCUCCAGGCAAUUGCCAGUGAAUUUGCUGACAAAGACGACGAUGACGACCUCUAUCAUCGGACACUUUCAUCAAAAGGUGGGCUUCCGCCACCUUCGCCAAUAAGCCCAUUUUCAGAGUCGGACGCUGCCGUAGUAGAUCAGGCCGUAGUACCGGAACUCAUGGAUAUGUUAGCACCUACAGAAGCGAAAGCAUCAAACAUAGUCUCUUCCUCAAGUACCACGACUCUUAACCCGACCAACACGUUAGCCACAGUUAGCAGUGCCUUCAAUCCGACGGCAGCGUCAAUCGACCCGUUCACGGAUCAGAUGGUUGUUGUUGGGAAUCUGUCGGAAGGUGUUCCCGUAACACCUUUAGCUCCUUCUGUGGCCCCCACACUACCGCCGCCUUCCAGCGACAGUGCUGUACCCGUGGACGCGUUUCAGCUGGCGUUCGGCAAAAAAAGCAUCGACUUGGAUGACGUGCCUCCUCAGGCACAGGCCGACUUGCCACCCCAUGAGCUACCCCAGAUGCUGCAGAGCAUUAAGGACUCGUUUGAUCCUUUUAAAGACGUCCAGCAGGGACUCGAAUUGCCAACGACCAACGUACCUGGCCCGGUGUCGGGCGCGCCUACGCCAGGCUCGGAUGUAUUUGAGAGUGAGCUACGGCAACAGGAAGAAGAACUGUUCGGUAGCAAUGACGGCAGCAAAAAAGCCCCCGAACCUCCAACGCUUCUUAACAACCAGCCAGCCCCACAGUUCCCAUUGCUACCUUUGAGUAACCUAACAAAUAUGGAUCGAACCCAACUCCAGAGACCUACGCCACCUCCGGCUGCUGCAAUUCAAGAACGCAAACAAAGCAGCACACGGAGUUCUAUCACGAAAGAGGAUAGCUUGGUUGACAUUAAGUGUGGAUCCGUUACAUCGAACGGCGCAAACAACGGUAGAAAAGCCAGCAACCCAUUUUCUCCUGAGAACUCACAGCAUGGAUCGCUUUGUUUUCCGGAGAACCCGUGUAUGAGCGAGACCGAACAAAAGGACGUUUCACUCCCGAAUGAUUCGCUUGGUAAUACUGCUGCGGCUAAACCUUCCAGCCCGGAAAAUCCUUUUGGAUCGUCCACGGCUAAGGAGAAAAGUUCUUCAUCGCCGGAAAAUCCAUUUUCACCUGGUAGUACAGCUACAAUGACAAAUACUGGUCGAGGAGAAACGAACAAAAUCGCCUCACCCCCAAAAUCUGAAAAUGUAUUUAGUCGAAAGACAUCGCAGGACUCAAAUCCGUUUAGUCCAACUGCAACUCUACCACCUGUAAACGUCGGAAUUAAUAAUCCAUUCGGAAAGAAUGAUGAAGCAGAGGCGACGGAUGUCUCAUUUUCGUCGGCGUUUGCUGCGUCUGCACCAGCGGCGUCUGCAACAGUGGUUGAAAACACUCCAUUUACCUUUACCAACGAAUCAGCAGACCCUUUCGAUACAGAAAACAUCGUUCCAGCUACAGAUCAAAGCACGUUGGGUGCAUUCGCCUCGAAGUUUAAUUCAACAGCUGAUGGUGGGGUAGCCGAGCUGGAUCCGUUCGAAGGCUUAGGUGGACGUAACCCGGUCGAUAUCAGCGGAGGUUUUGGGGGAGAAAGUUUUCAGAACGACUCGACGGAUUAUCUUUCCGAAGGCCUGAUACCGACGACGCAGGUUCCGGACAAUACCCCAGUCAAAAAGGCAAAUCUUGCUGAGCCAAAGGACUCAUUUGAUUCCGACGAAGAGGAAGAACACAUGAGGGUGACGAUCAAACCCAAACUGCGUCCAAUUGCUGAUUUGGGUGGGGCCGGUGUCCCUCUACCGAAACUGGCAACGCCUAUCAAACUUCUACCACCCCCAAAAAGUCCCUCACGCCAAGCCGGAUACCAGGUGCAACCGGAUCGUUUCAAUCCAUUUGACAAGGGCUCAAUGAAGGCUGCGAAAACGGCAGAUGAGGAAUUGUUCAAUGCGUUCGAAGACGCCUUGUUAUCAGAAGGACAGGACGGAAAAGAUGGCAAGGAGGACGUUGGACCUCCGCCAGCGCUUGGGGACUCCGCAGCGAAGCAGACAGGACCCCUGUCUCCAUCAACUCCUCUAUAUGACGAGGAUAUUUCGCAGCCCCUUUCCGAGUGGAAGCCUAAAGUUGACGUCAGCCAAGGCUGGGAUUUCUACCUUCGGUGGCCUAAUAAGAAGAAGUUCACGGGAAAUCGAUACUGGAAGCCAGUGCACGUGAAGUUUGCAGACACAACUAUUCUUUGGGUGAUGAACAAAAGAGAUGAUUCGGAUCCUAUACAGGAAGUCCCUCUUCAAGGUUGCUACUCGCUGUCGGAGAUGGCGCACCAGCAAUUUGACCAGUUCAAAAAGAUCUUCACCAUCAAACUGCAGUACACCUUUUACAAGGAGACCGUUGGCGUCCGCAAAGGACAAAUUGCCAAAGUCAUGUCGGGACAGGUAAACUCAAUGGGAUCGGUAGCUAAACUAGGUCUCCCACUUCAACACGUCCCUCAACUUACUCAGCUUCUCAAGUUAGGAACUUCAGAUAUCGAUAGCAUAAGAACAUUUGUGCAAGUCAUCGAAGAUGUCCUCUUUCGAUUGCAAAUCCACCGGGAUCGUGCUCUCACGUACAAGUGUGAGGAGAUUCAAGCCAUGGUCGUGGAUGAGUACGUGGUUGAUAUUGACAAAGUUGGCCACGUGUGCUCCCAAAAAGCGCGCGUUCGAAUUUUUUUUCUAGCGUUUGUCAAUGGAAUGCCUGAUGUAGAAGUCGGGAUCAAUGAAUUGACUCGUCAAGGGAAGGAAAUCGUUGGACGGCAUGACAUUAUGCCGAUUGUAACGGAAGAGUGGAUUCGAGUUGAAGACUGCGAAUUUCAUGCGUGUGUUGAGAGACAAGAGUUUAUAGAAAAUAAGGUGAUCAAAGUGCGUCCGCCGGAUGCCACGUUCUUCGAGUUAAUGCGUUUCCGAGUGCGCCCGCCACGCCAGCGAGAACUGCCCAUUCAGCUCACCGCGGUGCUAAGGGUUAGCCCUCCCAAAGUGCAACUCAAGGCUGAGGUCCUUGUGCCUGGCUAUUCAUCCCGGAAGCACGGUCAAAUUCCGUGCGAAGACAUCGCUAUGUUCUUUCCUAUCCCUGAAUGUUGGGUAUAUCUGUUCCGCGUGGAAAAACAUUUUCGCUACGGCGCCUUGAAAAGCUCAAAUCGACGGCAUGGAAAAAUUAAAGGCCUGGAGAGAAUAAUGGGAGCUGCGGCAGGUGGUAAUAUAGAAAAACAGCUCAUCGAAGUAACCGCCGGACAGGCAAAAUACGAGCCGGCCUAUAAAUGCAUUGUAUGGAGAGUUCCUCGAUUGCCCAAAGAAGGACAAGGGGCGUAUACACAGCAAAUGAUGACAGUGGACCUAGAACUGACAUCUUUCGAUCAAAUCCCAACGGAGUUUAAUGAUCAAUUGCGGGUUGAAUUCACCAUGCCUGCAUCGACCGUUUCACAUACGACGAUCCGUUCGAUAACGUGCCCUACCGACGCGGAGCUGCCUGUGGAGAAAUACUGCAGAUAUGUCGCAAAACACGAGUAUACGGUGGAGAUGGAUGUUCAGGUAGGCACCGUUCCUUUAGAGUCGACUCCUUUAGGAGGUAUAACACGAGUAGAGGCGCGGGAACCUCAAGUACCGCCCACUCCACCACCUCCAGUGCGGCAGGUUGGUAAUGCGGCGUCCGAUUCUGAUGAUUCCGAUUAAGCUGAAAAAUAUCAUUCUCCGUUAAACUGAACAACGUGGCACAACGAGCAGUCAUCAUCCAAGCUGACGUUUAUUACAUCAUCUCAAUAUUAAACAUACAAUGUUCCUCAUCAUCAAACGAACCAGAGAUGCGCUUCAGAAUAAAUAAAGUUUGGUACUUCGUUCGAGCCAUCGAGCCAGCCUAAGACAAAAAACUUCAAUUUUUUUGUAGUCCGACGUGAAGGACCGAAACUCAACGGAUUCAACGCACACACACACACGCACACGCUCGCAGUGUCGCGGUGCAUACAUGACAUUAGCGUGGGUGGUGGACUCGCCCUCGGGAGCUAAGAUGUAGCACGGCAUGCGAUUGAUGUGUAUCUCUAUAAAUUUGCUUUUGUUUGUAACGUCGACAACUACCUGGGUUGGAAAGUACCGCGCGUCAGUUUUUCCCGUAGAUGAUUCAAAUGCCACGUUGCCCGCAUCAUUGAACAACUUACCAAGAGCUGCUGUGGCAAGUUCAAUUAAUAAUACUGCGAAACAAAUUGUUUUUCGUACAAAACAACACAUUACACGUCGCACUUGUCAGCAACAGGAAAGGGAGAGAAGAUCAACAUAAAUUUGUCUCGCAAAAAGUAGUUCAUAUAUUUCUUUGUCGGAAUGUACUUACAGAAGCCAUGCACACUCGAUCUAUGCAUCGAGAAAUAAAACAGGAAGUGAUUAUGUUCAACCCAACAAAGUCAUUAGAAAACACGAAACGACUAGUUAUUUCGACCGUUUAUUGAUCGUGACGUCGGAAUUGAAAAAGGUUAUCAGAAAGGCGUCAAUGCGCUUUUAUGCUACUGCAUGCCCAACUCCGAUGCAACUAAUUUCUGAACUCUGAUUGUGUCUAAAGAGAAUGCGAUCUACUACAUUAUUAGCUACGAAUCGUCUCACGAAACCAUAGAAGAGUAGGUAGCAACCACUUUCGUAAAAGGGCACGUUAUGGGAACAUAUCCUCAUGAAAUCAAGGAGGCAGCUGGGCCCCUAAUCAGUAAUAAGUUUGUAUCAAUUAAUAAGACGAGAGGUCCAUGGGCAUUGGGAAUAAGAACUGUAGAGAUCCCUUUCGUUCAACAGCGAAACCCUUUCAGAAGUUCUGUUAUUUAUUAUAACUAGAUGUGCCCCUCUAGAGAGCGUUUUCGGAGUUUCAUAACGAAACACGGCCCACUGUUAUGGAGCUAAGUCGGCCCUAUAUGAGCUCUAUUAGGCGGUAGGCAGCAACCUUAUAACGGUGAACACAUUGAUUAUUUUAUUCUUAAGACAACAAUUUGAUCUAAUCAUAUUACAAACGGCCACCCCUCAAUUUUACAUGUAAAAACAUAAAUAACAAUAAUAAUGUUUGAGGAAUAACUAUAGUCGAUCAGAAAGUGAACCCAAAAUGCACGAGCGAAAGAAAACGAAUACGAUGAUUUUGCAGGGAUAAAUAACGUGUUUUGGUAAAGACAAGCCUUGCAACAAUAAGAAUUGCUUUUCAUUAUCUCGCAGAAUUAGUAUAAUCUUGCGGAAUUUUCAUCAUUGCGGUUCUGUUGAGAACAGAUUGAGAAUAGGUCGUCGGGCAUGCCAGAGAUUUUGGCUGAAAAAGCAAUGCGCUGGGGUGUCUUUAAAUUAUGGCUGUCGUUUCCACCUUAGGUGCUUCGUCUUCACUCAAACUUUGUUUGCGCAAAAAAGGACAAACAAACAAUGAUUAGAUUAGGCGCUCGCGCCGCUACCUGUCGGCUAGAUUUGUUGCAAAAAAAAGUGAUACAAAUGAGCCCUCACAGCCUAGAGAAAGUAACGAAGCAAUCUGGAGCGGAGAAGGUGGGAAAGAAAAUGGCUUAGUUGGUUGUUCGUAGUCAUCAAUCAAUCGAUCGCUCGGUCGAUCAUUAGGUGAUAGAGAGGAAAACAAAACGCAGAAGAUACGCAACAGCCACGAGAUAAUAUAAUAAGCGCAGUGCAGCGCAAUGCGGUGGGUCGUAGCAAGCGGCACUUUGGGCAAGUAGCUUUCAAGAAAGCUGGCAAUUUUUGUUAACGUAGAGAUUUACCUAAGUAGAAGUUACAAUGGACGCCAGCCAAUAAUAAUAAUAAUCAUAAUAACAAUAAUAUUGUUAACAGUUUAGAUAUGUGAUUACGAAACGGAGACGGACAGAGCAGCAGGAGUUCUAUUGUACUGAACGAGCAGAUCAAGCGCAGAUAGAAUUAGAUAGAAAAUAAGUUACAGUAAUGGUAAUAAUAUCAAUGGUGGCAAACAUACCUACAAUGUAAUAUUAUAUGGACGAAAUGUAAACCUUAUGAUGAAAUAUAAAUUACAGUCAAAUUCAAGAUACGAAUAUAAGCCGAAGAAAGAGAGGGAGGAAAAAAGCAAGGGAAAAUUUACUGAGAGUGAUACAAAUGAAUAUAUAAGUAAUAACAAUAAAUGAUAGUAAUGACACGAUAGCAUAUGAAUAUGAUAAUACACAAGGGAAACAAAACGACAGAAAGAGCGUUAGCGAUGAAAGUUUCCCCAUUAUAAUAAUAUAUAAAUAUCACGGAUAUAACUAAGACUAAUACAACACAACGGAUAUAUUAAUAAUACUAAUAUUGUCAUUGAGUAAUGAUAAAAAUAUAAGACCAACGUCUGUUAUAUUUUUGUUGAUUCGAUUGAGGUUGAGUUGUUGUUGUUAGGUAGGCUAUUGACGACGAUACUCACAAAGACACACACACACACACACAAACGCGCACACCCGCGCACGCGCGUACGCACGCGCAUGCGCACACACUCAAUACAUCUAAAUAUGUACGGCUAAAUAAUCUUACACCGUUUGACGUGAAUUAGUUGAAUAAGCUUACAUGCAGGUACACGUAUGUACGUAUACAGUAUAAUACUAGAAAGUAAGCGUAAGGAAGAGUGUUCUAUUAUUUAAGUUGAGGCUACUUAGAAACAAUAAAAGCUAUCGAAACGUACUAAAACUAUUGUGAAUAAGGCCAAUGACAAUAUAUAAUAAGAGAAGCCCGAAUAAAACGCUUCGGUUUCUGUGCCGCAUAUGAUCGUAUGUUACAGGUCAGUAAUGAUGAAUUUAAUUGUUGCUUAGCGAAAACCGCUGUUGUAGGGUACAAAAAAGUAACAGCAUUAUGAUGGACUCGAGUCAAAAUAACGGGUGAAUUCGCAUAUCGAGCCGAUGGAAAUAAGUAGUGGCGGCGGCGGCGGAAAUACUGCUAAAAAAAGAAUACUCGGAAUUAGAAUAUCGACAAAAUAACAAAUGCCACAUAUUACCAACAUUCAAAUACAGCGAUAAAAGGAGAGGGGCAAUGGAAAUAACUGAUAGUCGUCGUAGCGGCUGCGGGUGUCGAAGCAAUGCGAGAUUAGUGACUGAGUGUCCAGGAUGGGGAUGACGAGUGGCGAAAUGAACCAACACGAGAAUAGAUAACCAGGCAGACAGACAGACAGAACUAACUAAAAUGCCCCUCUCCCAUGAGGAAAGGCAAUAAAUAGAGCUGCAACUGUUCAAAUCUGAGUAUGUCCACAAUUUAUAAUUUGCGCACUUUAAGCAGUUCGGUUAGUAGAGAACCUAAAUAACUUGUUCAACGUCUAGAUUUCCGUAGCGGAUAAAUAGUUCGAGGCUAAUGGACGACCAGUACUGAGUAUAUAUAUCAUAUAAUCCGGUUCAGUUUCGGCUGAGCUAGUUUAUCUCAAGUGUCACCUGAUUCAAAAUUGAACGUUGGAUUGGCAAUAUUUGUGUAAAUAAAUAUUAUCGGCAUUAUAAUCAUGUUCAGGUAUUACAGACUGGCUAGUAAGAACCAAAUAAUUUUAGCAGAUAGUUUUCGUUUUUCCGCUCUAAAUCAAAAUAUUUCUCUUCUUUUUUUUUGGAAAAGCUGUCGCUA